ACAACAACCGCGCGAACAGGUUCCGUCCAGAAACUGGAAAAGGCUUUAUUAGGAAAGAAGAGUCCCAAAGAAUUGCAGAAUCCUAGAGUUGGAAGAGACCAGAAGGGCCAUCCAAUCCUGCCCUGAAGGAACACACAACAGAUGGCCAUCCAGUCUUUGCUUAAAAAUCUUCAGAGAAGAACACUCCACCGGACUUGGAGGCAAUAUGGAAUGGCUCUUUCUGUCAGGAAGUUUUUCCUAAUGUUUAGGUGGAACCUGUUUUGCUCCAAUUUGAAUCCAUUGCUUCACCGUGUCCUCGUCUCCAGAGCAGAGCUUUCCAAACAUUGGUGUGUCAACUGCAGUAUGUAGUUGUGACGUGCGAAGGGAGAGACAAAGAUCCUAUCUGGAUCCACCUUUUGUCUUGCCAAGAAGAAGAAUUCAAAGUGCAUAUCAAAAAUGGACGGAACAGACUCUGCUGGCCCCGGUGGAGAAACGGGCCUGAAUGCUAUCAAAUGUGAAGGAACUGGGGAAUUCUGGGAAAGGACAGUGCCAAAGUUCCCAGCUGAGGACGUGGCCAGCUUAGAUCUCUAUCGCCAGCACUUCAGGCAGUUCUCUUACCAGGAGUCCCAGAGCCCCCAAGAAGCUUGCAGCCAACUUCACAGUCUCUGCCGCCAGUGGCUGAAGCCGGAGCACCAUACCAAAAGCCAGAUCUUGGACCUGGUGGUCUUGGAACAAUUCCUGAGCAUCCUGCCCUCCGAGAUGGGUUCCUGGGUGAGGGAAUGUGGGGCGGAGAGCAGUUCCCAGGCGGUGGGCCUGGCAGAAUAUUUUCUCCUGAGUCAGACUGAGGACAAGAAGCCAGAGGACCAAGAGAUGUUGCUUCAUCCCAGUGUCUGUAAGACAGAGGUUGAAGAACUCCCUGUGGGUGUCCCAUCCGAUUUCCCUGAGGUAGAAGAGGCUCCGCUGUUCGCCAGGCUGAGUCCCCAGUGGAGCGAAGUGAUGCCGGAGGGCGACCAAUGUGCUUCUUUGCAGCUGCCAAAACUUGAGCCGACUUCUGAAGGGGAGCAGAGCGAAGAGCCGUGGCCUCCAGAUCUGAAGGAGUUGGAUGAAGUCGAAAUCUUGGAUAUGGAAUCAGGGGAUUCAGCAGGAGAUAAUUGGACGAAAGCUAACAUAUGCGUCACCAGUGGGAAGUAUUUUAGACACAAGCUCGUUCUAGCCAAAAAUCACACCGAAGAGGAAGAUUGUACCAGAGAGAAGCUUUACAGAUGCAUAGUUUGUGGGAAAUGUUUUGCUCAGAAGAUAGGACUUGCGCUUCACAAGAGGGACUGUCUUGCACAGAAAGGAUGUGAUGUCUCUGUGAAACGUUUUGAUUGCGCUUCCCAGCAUACGAACCAUGAAAGCGUUCCUUCAGGAAAGAAGCCACACGGGUGCCAGGAGUGUGGGAGAUGGUUUACUUGGAAAUCGGAUCUCGUGCGGCACAAAAGAAUCCACACAGGAGAGAAACCCUACCAAUGCCAGGAGUGCGGGAAAGGUUUCUCUUUCAGCUCCUCCCUUGUUAUGCACAAGAGGUCCCACACGGGUGAGAAACCGUACCAGUGCCAGAAGUGCCCGAAACGUUUCACUUGCAGUUCAAACCUUCUGAGUCACCAGAGAGUCCACACAGGGAAGAAGCCAUACAAAUGUCCAGAGUGCAGGAGGAGUUUUGCUCACAACACACAGCUUCUGCGCCACAGGCGUUUUCACACAGGAGAGAAACCCUACAAAUGCCAGGAGUGCGGCAAACGUUUCUUUUGCAGCUCGAGUCUCCUGGCACAUCAGAGAUUCCACACGGGAGAGAAACCAUACAAAUGCCAAGAGUGUGGGAAAUGCUUUACUAAGAAUUCUAACUUAUUUGUACACCGGAGAGUCCACACCGAGGAGAAGCUACACAAGUGCAAAGUGUGUGGGAAGUGUUUUCUUUUCGGUUCAAGCCUUUUGAGUCACCAAAGAUUCCACACGGGGGAGAAGCCGUACAAGUGCCAGGAGUGUUCAAAAAGUUUUUCCAGGAAGUCAACUCUGGUGAACCAUCACCGAGUCCACACGGGAGAGUCACCGUACAAGUGCCAGGAAUGCGGGAAAUGCUUCACUCAAAACUCAGACCUUGUGAAGCACCUGAGAAUCCACACCGGAGAGAAGCUACACAAGUGCCAGGAGUGUGGGAAACAUUUUGCCCGGAAAUCAAGCCUUGGGGUGCACCAAAGAAUCCACACCGGAGAGAAACCGUAUAAGUGCCAGGAAUGUGGUACGUGCUUUACUUGCAGCUCGUCGCUUCUGAGCCACCUGAGACUCCACAGAGGAGAGAAGCCGCACCAAUGUCCGCACUGCGGGAGGUGUUUCUCUCGGAAAUCAAACCUUGUGAGUCACCAGAGAAUCCACACCGGAGAGAAACCGCACAAAUGCCAGGAGUGUGGGAAAGGUUUUACUUUCCGGUCUUCUCUUGUUCGUCAUCUGCGGCUACACACAGGAAUAGUGGGCUUGUAAUGUUUGAAAUGAUAACAUGUGUUGCUGUGAGUUUUCUGGGCGGUAUGGCCAUGUUCCAGAAGCAUUCUCUCCUGACAUUUCACCCACAUCUAUGGCAGGCAUCCUCAGAGGUUGUGAGGUCUGUUGGAAACUAGGCAAGUGGGGUUUAUAUAUCUGUGGAAUAAUGUCCA